GAUGAAUAUAACAAGGCUGCAACAUGACAUCAAAAACUUAUGUUUUCUUGGUUAGUAGCAGAGAACAGCAGAAUUACUGUUGUAAAUGUUCAGAAUAAGAGAGCAAGAGAGAAAGGUGGCACCGGUGUACUGUGUAUCAAUACUUCAGAAUCUAUAUGUAUCGGAAAUUUUGACAACACUCAGCUGCAGAGCAUUUGCUGAAAAGUGCUCAGAGUGACAGAUGGGGGGGAAAGCAGCCACAGGUACUUGAAUAUGUUUCUUCCACUGUAACAGGCUGUUUCACAUGUUCGUAAUCCCCGUCAUAAAUUACUUACCAACACAAGUCAGCUGUGCAGGUGGUAAAUCUUACAUGACAUCAAGUUAUUUAUAACCCGUUUUUGUAUGAAUCAUCUGUAGAUUAGUGUCUGUUUGCUUCCUAAUCUAAUGUUACAUCCUGUGUGGAUAAGUUUGACAUCACUAGCUAGAUGCACCUGUGUUUUGGCAUAUAAGAACUACUUACUUAUGAAGAUCAUCAUGCAAUUCUUUUCAAAGAAAUUUUAAAAAUGAAACACCUCAUCCCUUACCCACACAUAUACACUAGUUUGUGCAUGUCCUGUAACUAGAAGCUAACUUCUUGAGUUGGAUGUUUUCCUCUUUUAUACUUUUGCAGUGAACAUUUUUUUGUUUGGCUUAUUGCUGUUUAAAGUAAAAAUGAAGUUUUGUGUUGGCAUCAUUUUGUAUUCCUGCCCACUGAUUAAUGUUAGUCGUUGGUAAAACUAUGCUCACUAAGAUUCUCCUGUUGAUGAUCUUGGAAAAAUUAAAAGUUUUGCUUCUUUUUUGCUCCUUCAUCACGACUUUACUGUUUCUGUUUUUCCUCCCAUGUUGCAGUUGGAUUGACAGACUAACUACCUCAUUUUCAGCAUCAUCAGAUAUAAAGAUAUCUGAGGGUUAAAAAAAAAACAAAAAACAUUUUUUAUUUCAGCUGUACUGGCCCUAAGUGGGAUGUUGUAUGACUCUUGAAGUCUUUUUAGGUCAGGACUUUUCCCUCGCGACUAUAUUUCAUUAAGCCUCGAAACUGGCAGCGCCGAGCAGACCUAUAAGAUCCAGUUUGCAGUAUGCACACAUGCAGGCUCAUUGGCUGCAGGCAAGUUGACACAGUUUCCCCGAUUUUCACCGCCUCAUGCAGCUGUAGCGGCUGCUCGGAGCCUGUAGAGCCAGCAGGUGGUACUCUACUGUCGGCUGUGUCCGACUGUUGCAUGCGUGCAGCCGGCUGGAUGAAGAGCUGAGAACUCGAGAGCGGAGACCACCUGGACGAGGUCAGACAGAGAAAAAGGAAAGCUGCUGCUGCUUCUGUAGAGGAGGAUGGACACACGCCGGAGCGCGGUCGCUUCAGUCACCGAGGUCAGCAGCUCUGCCACCGCCGGGCUGUGACUCUCCGGGCUCCGCAGAGGUGAUCGGUGGACGCCGGUGGCCGUGACAGGACGACACGGACACUUUGCAGGCUGCAGCAGUCUGUGUGCAGCGCCUUGCAGUGAAACCUCCCCCCCUGGAGAAUAAAGCAUCUGGAAGCUGAAAGAAAGAGCAGACUGGGACAGGGACAGCGACAGCGGCGCGGAAUUAAUAGAUACAGCACCGAGGGUUUACACCGACAUGGGAAAAGAAGUCUCAGUCACCUUAUAAGAUGUUUCCUCACCACAGAGAAAGGGAGCAGCCGAUCUUCAGCGCCCGGGCCCAUGUUUUCCAGAUCGACCCUGCCACCAAGAGGAACUGGAUCCCCGCCAGCAAGCAUGCCGUCACCGUGUCCUUCUUUUAUGAUGCCAACCGUAACGUCUACCGCAUCAUCAGCGUGGGAGGGACCAAGGUGAGGAAAAUGGCAAUCAUUAACUGCACCGUUACACCCAGCAUGACAUUUACCAAGACGUCCCAGAAGUUCGGUCAGUGGGCGGACAGCAGGGCCAACACUGUGUACGGUCUUGGUUUUGCCACAGAGCAGCAGCUGCAUCAGUUCUCCGAAAAGUUUAAGGAGGUGAAAGAUGCAGCUCGUCUGGCACGAGAAAAGUCGCAGGACAAAGAACUGGCCAACACGGCGCUGAGCAUCGCUGCUCCUCAGGACCUCUCGGAUGAACUCCAGUCUCCACCGGUGAUGUGUGUGAACGGGCCCGAGGACAAGCUGUUCCGCAGCCAGAGCGCGGACAUCACCCUGUCUUCUGAGAAGGAGCGCAUUAAAAAGAUGCUCUCUGAGGGGUCAAUCUGUGAGAUGAACCUGGAGGCCGAGCUUUUCACUCUGCAGGACAGCAACUCCAAACUGGUGGCAGCUUUGCAUGAGGCUAAUGCUAAUGUGGAGCAGUGGAAGAAACAGCUGGCAGCGUAUCAGGAGGAGACGGACAGGCUCAGAGAGCAGGUGGCUGAAUUAGAGGCACAUGGAGGCCAAGGCCCCAGUGACCUGCUGAAGGAUGAGCUGACUCAGUCUCUGGAGGAGCUGGAGGCCCUGCUGAAAGCCAAAGAUGAGGAAAUCCACAUUUUGCAAAACAAGAAAGCAGAGUACCACGAUAUGGAACAUGACAGGGAUGAGGCCAUUCACAGAUUACGGGAGACAGAGAUGCGUAACGCAGAGUUGGAGCGUCGCAUCCAGAACACAGAGCAGAACCUGAAUAACUCUCUGGAGGAGCGGGAUCGCAUGGACUCUGAGAUCCAGAGGGCCAUCGAAAUUCUGGACAUCAAGAUCUUUGACCUUAAUGACCUUCGCCAGAGCCUGGUUAAACUCAUCGACAAAUAAGAGGAGAGAAAUCUACGCCGGGAGAAAGAGGCGGAAUGGAUGUGACAGGGUUAAAUUUGUCAUGGCCGAUGCAGUGGGGGAGCAAACAAAACAAGAUGGAGCUGGUCCCCGUCCUCUUCAAGCACAACAACCACCUGGGCUGCAGGAGGUUGCUCCAUGUGUGUGUUGCGGCAGUGGCUGCUGUACUCAACAACACCAUACUGCAGGUGUCAGCCCAAGCAGCAGCAUAUAGUACAUGGUUUUGCUUGUCCAUUGUAACGCUUCUCGUUGCUUUCAAGGGUAACAUUCAAUGCAAUAAACCAACUUUAAGGUAAGUGCUUAACACUGCUAGACACUUAAUAUUGAGAAUUGGUGCUUGUAGUUUUUCAUACAUAGGACUUUUGUACACACAAUGGUGAUGCAGUCAAUAUAAAUAAGAGGCCUUGUUUGUUUUUUGUUUUUCAACUGACAGGUGAUAUUUAAAUAUCGUAUCCAUAAAGUGAAUGCAAAUCAAAAUAGUGCACAAGAUAAAAAACUUUACAAGAGAUCUGUCUAUUUAACAGUCUGGAUACAAUAUAAUUAUUCCUGAAUUAACAGUGAGCAAACUAUGAUUUGUGCAGAGAUGGACUUGUAUAUGGUUUUGUUAUUGCCCGUGCAUAAAGUAGCAGCUGUAACUAUAGGUGUAGAUUUCGACGGGGGACGUAGCAAUAUUGAGAACCCCCCAAAUAAAAACAUGAUACAGUGUUUUGACGAUAUUGUAGACAUUUCUGCCAUAAAUUGAUGCAGAACAUGCACACAUUGAUGCAUAAAAAUUAACCAGAAUACAGAAAAUUAAGUGUUUGAUGCUCAAUAAUUUUAUGGCAGAGAACUCCCAAACCCCCCGUUUGUGUGUGUCCCCCUCUAAUGUUGAAACGCAACUUACGCCCUUGACUUUAACGUGCAAAGUGAAGGGCAAAAUGGUUCUAGUUGGGGCUUUUCCCACAGGAAUAAGCAAUGACAUACGUUCAAGGUCAGUAAAAAAAAUAUGCUAAUAGUUUUGUACAUUUGGGUAAGGCAUGGACACACAACAUAGAUCUUAAUAUUGACACCAAUGAUCAAAUGUUAAGAGCAGACUCAUCAGCAGCUUGUUUAUGAUCACAUUUUAUUUGAGCUUGUAAGAAACCUUUAAAUCUAAGAUAUGUGACAGUAACCUGCAAAGUACAUUUUAGAUAAGAUAUGUUAAGUGAUAACAUUUAGGAUCAAUAAGCAUUUUCCACACGAUAUGAAUCAAUAACGCUACAGUAAUUAUAUAAACACAAAAAAUUAUCAGUUAGUAUUACAGAUAAGUUUAACUGGUCGUCUUGUGCAUCAUCUCUUAACAGACUGCUGACUUAGGAGCCUAUUUCUGAUAGACGCAUUCGAGGAAAUUAAAGAGACAUUUUCUGCCUUCUGUCAUUUCUCAGCACGUUACCUUUAGCUGUGGACAAUGUGCCACACGCCUUCAGAGUGUGGCUGUACUGUACCAAGAGUGAAUUUAUUUAACAACAGAAUGUCUAAUUCACAGAGUCUUUUAUCACACAGACUGUGUUGUUUAACAUAAUGCUGUGUUUGCAUUAUUUUUUUUCAAGCCUUAUUUUUUUGUUCGUCUAAGGAUGGUUGGUGAUAGUCAUGCCAGCUCCAUGUCUAGAACUGUGAGCUUUUGUCAUGACAGUUUGGAAAUAAAAGCAAAGAUUACAGUCGUUUUUAUGUA